AAAUGGAAAGUUUGACGCGCUGUAAUAUCCAAACCCCUUAAACUAACAUUCAUACGUAAGUGGGGGGUGUUUGUACCAGGUAAGAAAUUUGUUCCUAAGAGUAUCUUACAAAGAGAUGCCUCCCAAACAGUAUAUAUAAACAUAGAUCUUUAUGAAUAUUAUAUCUCGAUGUUCUGUUAUUUCAUAUUCUUUCAGGUAGAAGAUUUAACUCCCGAAGAAGUAGCAGAAUUUCGAGAAACAUUUAAAUUUUUCGACAAAGAUGGUGAUGGUACAAUUUCUGUAAAUGAAAUAAGAACUGUCAUGCGCAGUAUUGGACAAAAUCCCACGGAAGCUGACGUAGAAGCCAUAUUGACACGAUAUGAUGGCGAUGGAAAUGGAAAAUUAGACUUCAAUGAAUUUCUUGGGAUGAUAGUUGAUAAGUUAAACAAUCCUGAAACAGAACUUCUGAAUGCCUUUAAAUUAUUUGAUAAAGACGGAAACGGAUUUGUAAAUGUGGAUGAGCUCAAAUAUAUCGUUACACAUCUUGGUGAUCAGUUGACAGACGAAGAGGUACAAGAAAUGUUCGAUGAAGCAGACUUGAAUAAUGACGGACAGCUUAAUUAUGAAGAAUUUACUGUGUUAAUGGCAUCAUGAGAAUGGAUAAAUAUUCAUGUGGCACUUUGAGUUCUUGAAAACAUUUGCUUUGCAACACCAGGAAUAAAAGAUUCAACUAUGAAAUAAAAGUAUUUAAAUUA